AUGGCUUGCCGGACACAGCCGCCGAUCGCCGUCGACAUUCUGUCUGACGACGAGGAGGACGAUGUGGACCCCCUCGUCGAUGGCUUCGUCCCCGACUCGCUCUCCCCCCGCAGGAGGAAGAAGGCGGUGGGGCGGCGAGGAGCUUCGCCGCCGCCGCCGCCACCGACAUCACAACCACUGUCGGUUUUCAUUUUGGUCGACGAUGAUCCCACCCCACAAAAGAAGCCCUCUCUGGAGAUUAGUACCCCGUGCUUCGUCGCCGAGACGCCCAUGACGCCGUCGUCCGACCCUGUCAUCCUUCCGUGCUCCCGUCAUCUCCUGCGGAACAGCGCUGCUGGGAAGAAAUCGGACAAAUAUCCAGGUGAGUACCGAACAGACUCGAACAUCGAGCGCGACUUCUCUGGGACGAAUAUUUUCUGCUCAGAUUCGCCCUUUCUGCGUUUCUUGAUAUGCUUUGGCAGGAAUCAACAAGUUCAUAUGCUUGGAGUCCGACGACGAAGAAACUAGGGGUCAGUCUGGGAAGGAAAGCCCGAGGAUUGAGAUGAUGGCCGCGGAAAUUGAAAGGAGAAGCGAGGUGGGAUGUUCAGGGAACGUCGAGACCAGCAAUAAUGAUGACAUGAUGAGGUGUGGCGGCCCCCCGUAUGUGGGUGUCGAGGGAGACUGCUUGAAUGCUACUCUUGCUGUAGGAAAUUGUGAUCUGCCUGUCGUUCAUUCUGUAGGGGACAGUCCUCUGCCCAGUAACCCCAAAUCAUUGAAUGAAGACAACAUGUUUCCUCAGGUAUUAUUUUAAAUUCUUAACAGUGUAUUAAUAGGAAAAUCUCGCUUAAUUUACUAUUCUCCUGGUCUUUCAAGUCUUCAAUGUAUGCAUUCUUUCACUUUCUGUCACUAUUUACCAUUCUUCCCAGCUGUUAUGAUUCUGUGUAAUGUUUUGGUUCGACAUUGCUAAAGCGUCUGUCCCAUGAUAAUGGACUUCACAGCACCAGACUGAAUGUAGCCAUUAUGAAGGUGACAUCGCCUUGGAGCAUAUAGUUGGCACAAAGAGAACGAGUAGGAAUUGUCUGCCUGAUAAUUCUAAUAAAGGGAGAAUCAGAGAUGAAAGGAUGGCUAGAAAAAAACAACUGAAAGAAGAAAAAGGUCGUCUGAAUGAAGAAAAGAAAAGAAAAAGACAGGCAAGUAUUCUUGAUCGUGCUGAUGCUUGGAAUUGAUGAAAUUUAGCCUUUUAUUGCAUGUUAGAGAAUGUUUUUAUAUACUGAUGUUCAGGAAGAGAAGCUGGCUAAGGAAGUGAUGAAGGCUGAAGCGGCAGAAAUGAAGAAACUUCACCGGGAGAAGCAGAAGUGGGAGAAGGGGAAGUUUGCAUUAAAAUGCAUAGUUGCUGAGAUUGAUGCAAAAGUUGUUGAGAAUGGGUCAGUUGGUGGUAUGCUUUCUUUGAUCGUUUUGUUGUGACUUUUGGUUUCAUUAUGCUUUCAGCUUUUCUUCUACCAAUGCAGAACUACAGGACCUGUUUUCUUAAUUCUUUGUCUACACUAUAUAGGCCAUCUUCUUACAAGAUUUGCUGAGAAAGGUAUCUCGUUCCGCAUAACCUCAAAUCCAAUUGAAAGGUCAAUCUUGUGGAAAAUGAAUGUUCCAGAUGAGCUGUCGCAGGUAUGCAUGGGGUCAAGUGAAUUUUGAAUGGUACAUCAGAUAUUUUACUUGCAUUCCUCCUAUAUAAUGAUAUCAGUUAUGUAGCACAUGUUUCAUAUACUUUGUAAUGACUGCUUAUUUCUUGGUUGGCAUCCAUGAUACGCAAAAACAUUAAUCGUUAUGAUGGUAGUUUUUCUGCUUCCUUAAAAAUGAGCUUUUUGCAAAAAAAAUCCUUGCCUAAACCUUGUGCCAAGAUCCCUAGUUUAUUUAUGUCUUGUGAAUAAAAGGGAAACCGAAUGGAUGAAUACUUCGGGAAAAAUGUCAAUGACUGAAAAAUGUUAAUUGAUUUGAUAAAAAACUUGAAAUUACACAUAUUUUGUUCAUUUGAUAAAGAGAUGAAUGCGUACAUUUCAAUUAUUACCUGAACCAAGGACUCUAUUAUUAGAUGCUUAUUUUUUGGGGAUAACAUCUGUGUAAAAAUUUACUUUGGUUCUUAGAUGAGGAGUAGGAGAGAGAGAGUUGAAGGUGUGAUGUCGAGUGCCUUGUCAUAGUCAUUUAAUAGUUUUUUUUCUUUCCACAAUGACUUAUUUGUAAGACUGAAAGGAGAGUUUGGUUUCAGCUGGGAAAACCCUAAGUGGCUUAAAAGGUAGCUACAAAUCUCUUUAUAUUCUAUAUCUGUUUUUAGUUUCCUUGUUCCUUGUUGGCACUUAUGAGUGACCUGUUAAUUGUCUUUGAAGUUGUCAAUAAUUUUGUUGAUUUCGUACAUAAUGGUUGUGCUUGGAUUAAGAUGUGUGAAUGAAUGUCAGCAAGUUAUCAACACUUUAUACUAGGUGACGUUUUUGGGACCUAUGUUGACUGUGUAUUUUGAUCUCAUUGUAGUUUUGUAUAUCAAUGAAGUAACAAAAUUUUCUGUAUUAAGAUUGACACAUUUUAAAUUAAAUUUCUGCAAAUUGAAAAGUUUAUUUUCUGCACAGAUUGGCCUAUAAACUUUGGAGAUCAAAUCUCAUCACAUGGUUUGUUUUUUAGUUCAUCUUUCUCUUCAUAAACAUUACAUCCAUAAUCAGAGAAUUAAUACAUAAGUGAUGGCUUUGCUAUCAAAAAAUUAAGUACUUGGAUUUUACAAUAAUAAUGACAUAAACAUAGUUUGCCAACGUUUGCAAUUAAAUAUAAUCUUAAGUUGAAGUAUAUCAUACAUCCAUUCUGUUUUUAAUUGAUAUCGCAUCACAUUUCAGAAAUGAGAAAAGUUGUAGAGUAUUUAUAUCGUGUUUGACUAAUUCAAUUUCAUUUUAUUCUUCAAAUACAGCUCUCGUUAAUGGGAUCAGAGGUUCAAUACGUGUUAUUGAUCUAUGAGGCAGAAGAAUUUUGUAGCCUUGUAAGAAACGGAGUGCUUUUGGAUCAUGUGUGUAGAGUACAGAGUUGCUAUCCAUCAUUUACAGUUUGUUACCUCACAAAUCGAUUAAUGUCUUAUAUCAGUAAGUGGUAAGUGAGCAUUAUCUUAUUUCUUUGAUAGUGCUGACCGAUAUUUCUAAAAUUCCUUUGCUUAAAGUUUUUCAUUUUUCUUCGUCUUUAUGACAUUUUUACCAUUCUUCUAUUUUACUUUUUUUAAGGUUCAUCAGCAUGCUGUGUUUUUCCCUAAUAUAAGCAAGCAGUGCGCAUCUUGGAAUUUACUAUAUAUCUUUCAUAAUUCUCUAAAUCGAGUUCUACUCUUGUUUAUGCCAGUUUUUGACCAUUGAGUGUGUAAUGUCAGUAACACCAGGGCGGGUCAUCAAGCUUGAGAUUGCUUCUUUUUUACUUUUAUCCCUUGCGCUAUCAUUACUGUGUUGUCAUCUACAUCCUUCAUGAUUACUGUGCUAAUUUAUCCUUUCUUUGAGAUUACCGUGCUAAUUGAUCUAGUGAGUGUUUUCUAUGGAAGUGUAUGCUAUCUUAACAUUUAUUUCAUUUCUAGGGAACAAAGCCAAUAUAAGAAUAAAUCAAAUGUUGAUUUUUCUGUGCGACCACCAGUCGAAGAGGUUGGUCCAUCAAGUUUCUAGCGUUUUAAUAUUUUUUUAAUAUUUUCCUUUCACAUCUAUUUCUAGCGUUUUAAAAUAUCGAAGUAUUUUCUUUACAGGUUUUAUCAAAACUAACUACUCAUUUUACUAGAGUACAUUCAAGGCUUUGCAUGGAUGAAGCUGAUGUUGCUGACCACAUUGUUGGGUUGACAUGUAGCCUUGCAACUUGCCAAUUUAGGUGAGGUCUAUAAAUUGGAUGGAGAAUUGAGGCAUAUUUCCUUAUUGAAAAGCACAUUCAACUCUGAAUAUCAUUCAUGUUCUACUUCUGCAUAUGGCUGGCGUUUCAAACCAAGUCUGUAUAACAGUCUCCAUCUUCUAAAAUCUUGGGGCAUUCAUUCAACGGCAUUGAUCUUGAAUUUUUUAAUAUGAAAUUUUCAAGCUAUUUUAUAAAAACUGUGAUAAGAAGGGUUCAAGAAAAUGACACUGUUUGAUUAAAUGCAGAGAUCUCAUCUCUUACUUAAGUGUAUAUUUACAAAAUUGGUGAUUGAUUUCUGCUCGGGGAUUGACAGAAACAAAAAUGAUGGUGACAAAUGGUUGUAGACAGGUGACAAAUGGUGAAAAAUGGUUAGCAAGAGUAGUAUGGACGAUGAUGGCUCUAUUUGGUCGGGAUGUUAGUGACAGGUGAUGAUAACGGGUGUUUGGAUAUGUGGGUAAGUUUGGCGCCACCAGAAAAUAGCAUGUGGUUUUGUUUAAGUGAGUAGUGGUGCAGAGUACUGUUGUCAAGGCGCAGGUACCCUUGACUCCUAGGUGCCUAGGGAAUGCUUUAAUCUAAUCUUUCUCCGAAGUUUCCAGUCGACCAUACACAUGCAUAUCUACAUUUAUUAUGUAUACAAAUUUGUCUAUGGUUGUAGAUGGGGUAAUGGGGAAAAUUUUAACUAAUCGCUAUUGAAAUUAGUGAGCCAUCCUUCUCCCAGCCUCGAUCAUCUAAUGAGACUGGUCGUGUAAUCAUUACAGGAGGAAGAUUACGCGACUAUCUGUGAAUGCUAAUGGGUCACUCGUUUCCAAAGAUUUCAUCGACCGACGUCUGAUUAAAGGGAAUGUUUGGUGAGUUGCCUUAUGUAUUAUUUUCUAAUGAAUCAUGCUCCCUCUUGUGUUGGCGGAAAUAGGCUGCUUCCUUGGAGUAGUGCAACUUUUGAUGGUAUUUGUUCUGAAAUAUUUGCCCCGUAAGUCCUAAGUUUCGUGCCUAAUAUGGAAUUCUUUUCGGCUGAAUUGGAUUGAAGGGCCCAACAAGUGCCUUUCCGGUUACAAGAGUUCAGCGGGGUUUUUUAGUCUUGCUCUUUCGGUUUUAUCUUUAUUUAUUCUGUUUAGAUCUUGCCUAAAUCCUUCCAUGUUUAUUCUGUUUAAAUAUUUAUGCUAUGGACGAAUAUAUCUGAUUCAGAUGAUGAUUGCUUUACCAUAUUUUAUUCGUUCAUACUGCUGGGCUUCAGUUCGGGCCCGGCAAGGCGCCAGUUUUCUCCUUGAGAUGGAUCAAAGGGUUCACUCUCGGUCCGAAUUGCACGCAGGCUGAAGGCCUUGGUGGCGAUCCCCAAAGUCCAGCCGCGGUUCGCCGUCGCCAUCUGGAAGAGAUACCCGACCAUGAGAUCCCUGCUGGACGUCUACAUGGACCCCUCGAAGCCGGUGAGUAGUGGCCAAAAGAAGAGAGGGUGGAGAAUGCAUUCUGCUGAGAGUCAUUUUGGCCUGUCUUUCAGGUCCACGAGAAAGAGUUCCUGCUGCAGGGGCUCCCCGUGGAGGGGCUGCUCGGCGGGGAGGGGAGGAGGCUGGGCGAGACGUGCUCAAAGAGAGUGUACAGGGUUCUCAUGGCGCAGAACGGGGCCGUGAUGACCGAUGAUGCCGAGGACGGCGCUGAUUUCUUUGGUCCCUGA